AGUAAUUAUUUUCGCUGAAAGUGACAGGUCAAGCUUUUAUGUCAUAAUCGUCUAAAAGUACGAAUUCUUUCUAAAGGUAAUUCCAGAAUAAUUCAAAAUGAGUGCAAGCAACCCAUCCGAACCGAUGCAGGAACUGCAGGAGGAUUCACUUCAGGAAGACAGUUUCUUCUCUCACAUUCCGCUACCAAGCUUACAACAGUUAGCAUCCGUUCAAGUAGUUCUGCCAAUGAUGUUUGAGCACUUUUCAAAAAAGAAGUACAUUUUCUCUCAUGAUUUUGGAACUUUGACGUUUGGUUUGCGUAGAAAGGUGGAAUCUUUGAAAACUCCUCAAACUAUUGAAAAAAUACUUAAGAAAGCGGUGGAUAAGAUUGCUAAAGUAUUGGAUAUAUGGAUGAAACAUUUUGAAUCCCGUGACUUUUCAUGUGCUACCUUGGAGGAAUAUCGCGAUAUCUCUUUUCACCCGAACAAGUGCGUUUGGCUUUCGAGCGGCGAGAUCGAUUAUAAACAGACCGCUGACAAGAUGUUAUCUUCUUGCGAACUGAGUGUAACGCAAAAAUUCGCCAUCAUGUGUGCAUAUUGUUUAGAAGACGAAAUCAAAGCGUUCGAUUUAAGUUCGCUUCCUGCGUAUUCUAUCAAAAAAAUGAACCUGAAACGUGACUUUUUAAUCGCUUACUGGAUCUUUUCGUUGAAAAAUAAAUUGCACCACCUCUUCGAUGGAAUUUCCGGCUCCAUUGAUGCCGCUAUGGCUAAACAGUGCGCUGGUGAGCGCUCGUUCAAGUAUUUUUGGAAUCGUUUGGGCAAUGAAGAUCGAAUUUCAGUUGCUGAACACAAAAUCAGUCGUUUUGGUACUCGUGAUGGUCACACAUAUUUUUGCCAAGAUCAAUUAUUCUUCAUGAUGACGUCCGCCGAGCAACUUCAUCUGUUAUCGAUGGUACCCGAUGAGAUUAUAAUAAAUUUUUGGCUCUUAGUGAAAUCACCUUCGCUUGUAUGUUGGGCAUGGAAAUAUUCCAAAAGUGCGAUGACUGCCAAACAAUUUGCCGCAGUAGUGGAAAAAAUAUUCCAAGCUAGAAUUGGGUUCGAUAAAGAUAUGCAGAUGCUCAUUGACUUAUGGGAUAUGGCUCCCAUCCAGUUUAAGACGUAUGCAGCUAAGCACUUAGUAAAUGUGAUUUUUUCACCAUCUCAGUUCGGCGAUUCAAUGUCAAUAGAUGCGUAUUCGGAUUUUGAGGAAGAUGGUCUUACUUUUAACGAAGCAGCGUCAAAGUAUGCGAAGAAAGAAUACGCUCUGAAGUUUUUGUAUAAGUUUUUAUCGCUAGUAAAUGCGGAUACUCGAAGACAGUUGAUGCUGAAGAAUGCAAUCGCAUUCGGGAUGAAAAUUUACGACCCUCGUUUGAUGACUGAUGUAAUCCGGUUAUGUUUGCCUAGCUCGGAAGAUCAAUUGCUGUAUAAAAAAAAAAUUAUCGAUUCGUCCACAAUGAGCGAACAUUGGGCAAAAUACCUUCAUUGCAGAAAUGGUAUAGAAAAUUUCAAGUCUGAAUUAAAAGUUUAUUCGACCGACGUAAAAGCUGCUCAAGAAGUCACGAAGCGAGUACUGCAGUCGAAAUCUCUAAAUAGAAGUUAUUUUUUUUACAAUGCCGAUGAUUGGAGUAAAAUGAAUAAAUUUAUCGAUGAGAUUUUCCACGAUGAUCCGACGUUGGUCUCGACUUUGAAGAAACAACUGCUUUCCUCGCUUUUCACUAGUUGCAAGCAGUAUACUGAUUGGACCCUAAAGGACGAGAAGAUCGAUGCGAUGAUGAAAAUUGUCGAACAGGUUUUUACUCCUGAAGAGCUUGCAGUGAAAAAGCAACGUUUUGCUCAAGCUCGCAAAUCGAAAUUACAAAAACGCGAAUUUUGUUGGCAAUGGUUCGAAAUAAAUUGUUUCAGUAAAUUGAUGACGUGGUGUUUGGGUGACGAAGAAGCCUUACUGAAAUUUAAGAAAAGUUUUUCUAUCGAUGAAAUCUUCCAUCAUGUAAUUGACGAAGUGAACCUGUUCUAUUGCCAUGACUCCGAGUUUCAAGAUAAUUUGCUGCAUCGACUUGAUGAUUUUUUGAAUUGGAUUUUCCCCAGUACCGAAGAAACGACUAAAUAUAAAUUGAAUAGAUUGGAGAUGUUGGAUUUGCAUGAAUUCGCUAUGUUUUCAUAUCUUGUAGAUUAUGAUGAAUACGAGUAUUUACCAGAGUUAUUAGCUUGGUUUCACGAUGUGAACCCGGUCCCAUCUGAGGUGAUUGAUGAAUUCAAGGCGAGAGUCAAAGAAGAAAGCUGUUAAGAGGAGCAGACAUUUUUUAUCUAGUAUUUGCUUCGCGUAGGUACUUAUUAUCUCGAUGACUUAAACAUAUCUAUGUAAGUGUAACCUGUGAAUUGAAGUAUUUUGUAUUACCUAUAUGUUUUUUUUCAUUUAUCUGUUCUAUGUUUUAUAUUUUAUAUCGUAUAGAUUAAAAUGACUUACGAAGUGUCAAUUAGUAUAUGUAUACCAAAUGUAUCGUAUUCAAUUUUGUAUUUUUAUAUCCGUAAUGAAAGUUUCAAUUCAUUA